AUGGGUCAGCAGUACUCACGACCUUCUGUCCAGCUCCUCAAAGUGGGGCGCACACAAGGGCGUGGAAAUGCUGUUGUCGACGCCCAAUUCGCCAACUCCAAUACCAACUCCGUGUAUUCGUUUCGUUGUGAGGCGUCGGUACAGACAGAGGCCGGGCCAGUGCUGUGGUUGCUUGAACAGCCAGAACGCAGUCUGACAGUUGACGUGGCCAUUCAAGCGACAAACCCUCCCACUACCAUCUGCCAUGACAGUUGGAAUGAAGGCAGGACAACAGCGGCCGUGGGCUGCGGGACUGAUGAGGUACCGGCGGAGGCAGUCACGGGCAGACUACCGCGUACAGACAAUGUGUCUGCACUGUUGGAUGAAAUUAUUCAGAUUUUAGAGAAAGAUGUGAAAGAGAGUAGCGAGAUGUGUAGUGAUUUGCAACAAUACAAGCUUGAGGGCACUGAAGUGAGGCAGCAGUCUCCUGAAAUCCUGCUGCCUGCUUCACAUUCGGCAACUUUGACAGAUGCAGCAGGAGAACGUGAAGUAGAGCAGGACAGUGCGGAUGGGCUGUUUGCUAAUUAUUCGACCUACUCACGUCUGAGCGACAGUCAGGCCAGUUUGAGAGAAUUCGAGGAACUUGAGAAGACCAUGGAAUUGAUGGAGGCCUCCAGUGCACAGCCAUCGAGGGAAAUGCCGGUAGUUCGUGAGAGAGUAGGAUGCUCUACACCAAAGUCGGUCGUUUGCAGUGAAGGCGAAGCUAAGUCGGCUGUUCUACCGUAUGAGAAUAAGUUUUGGAUUGGUUGUGGGACGGACAAUCUGAAGGUCUUCAAGAAUCCGAAGGAUCGUCGCAUAGAGUCAAUUGCACGUCUCAGUGGAUGCCGCAUAACGUUGAGAGAAAGCAAACGGAGAAAUGCACUGGGUCAAUGGCAGCAAUUGGUUGUUGUUGAAUCGCCAUCGGAGACGGGUCUGAAGAAGUGCACGAAUUUGUUGGAUGAGAAAUUUCCUGCUUUCAGAGCCAGCUUGGGUCGAAUGAAUUGUAAGUUGGACUUCCGGUGAGCACUAUUCUUGCUUGCAUAUGCAUGCAUAUGAGGGGAGCGUGCAUUUCUGCAAGUUUGUAUUGCACUGCAUAUGCAUAAAAAGUGGAUUGGAGUUUGGGGCCUUUUAAGAGUCAAUCGCACUCGCAAAGUCUGGGUAGCUUGUGUUAGAAUGCACUUGCUGUAAUCCAACCGGAUACAGCUACUAGCAAGACACUGAUGAAGAAAGCCUGGUUAACAAAUACUGCCGGAAGACUUACUCGUUUCUACGGAACUGCCUGCUGUUUAAUUUCUAGACCAAGUUUAGUAGGCUAUGCAUGGUUUGUGUCCUUACUCCCCGAGAGGACGGAUACAACGCACGAAGUUCCGCAGAACUGUUCGAAUACUAGUGUCGGCCAAAUGCACCUCGAGAACUCUUUGCGUCUGUCUGUAUGUCUGAUAGGCUUGCCAAUGGAGCGGUCUAGUCGAGAUCUUUAGCUCCGUGAACGUCUAGUUUUGAAUUGGUAGCUCCAACCGGUAGAUAGGACUAGGUCUGUUAAUUGGUGUGUAGGGAGUUUCGUCAUUAUUGCCUCAGGGAUAAUUCAGGGCAUCAGGCGAUUCCUCCACACAGAUCGUCAGCUGAUGAGGUCUCUGUGAAAUGCGUGUCCCGGCCGACAUCACCGUUGCCGCUGAAUUGGUGACCUUGCCCGUCAGUGGACAAGAUAGACAGUCGUGAUAACGUGAGUUAUGGAGUAGAUGUUGUGUUUGACGGACUUCAAUACUCGAAGGUGGAACAUUAGUUUGAAAGGGAUUGACAAGAGUCUGUCUUUGAAUAGAAAAGCCUGUUGCAAACUGGUUUAUUAACCUGUGGGGACAGGAGAACAUUUGCCGAAGAUGCACAUGCGUAAAAGGCGAAAAGGCUAAAAAUGUGAACGCUCCGUAUAGAAUUAGUCCAGAUUUCCGAAAUAUGACAGACGUAUUUGUCUGUUUGGGCGAUUAAGACGUUGCUCUAGAUUGGCAUCACUCGGAAAUUCACAGGAACCAGGCAAAUCUCCAUGAAAAGUUAAUUUCUCUUAGCGGUAUGUCAUCCAUGCAAGUACUAACCGAGCCCAACGUAGCUUAACUUCGGUGGUCGGACGAGAACUGGUGCCUUCUACGUGGUAUUUGUGUUAGUCUAGCCGAUAAAGCUAGCCUACCCUCCUUCGAAAGUUUAGACCAUGUCCACCUAUCUGUUUUUGAAUGUAAAGUAGAAUAGUUUUGAUGUCAGAAUACAAUAACUGCGCCAGCCAUUGACAUCAGUGUCAGAUCUGAUCCAGUCAAAUCUCGAGUGUGUAGGUAAUAUUCUGAGGGAUUGGCAGGGGGUGCAUCCACAUAACCGAACUUCCAUGCAUGCAAGUGAGAGGAGCCGCCGCCAGGAGACCUACUUCCUGUCGACAACAAUCCCUGAGUACGGCUUUGGAGGCAGGAAAUUUGUCAUGCAACAGCCCAGGCAGCUCCAAAAUGCCUGCUGCUGAACAAUCGCCAGUUGCUGUCAGUGGCUCAUUCAUUCAUUCACUCCACCUGCUUUCUAUCAGCCUUACGUUGCAUCCAUUAGCAGGCAUGAUAAAUCCCAUGACAGAUCCCUCGGAUUAUUGAAGGCGUUCAGCUCUCCGUCGGAACACCGGUCAAGAUCUCAGCCUGUCUCUCGGUACAGCAGUCCGUCUAGCCUUGUUUUUCCACAAACGGCGUACCUCGGGUUAGACGCACUUGCUCUCUCAUGACCUGCCCGUCUUUCCACUCAUCGCUGUCCCGUGGAGGUUUCCAUCACUGCAGGUCACCUCUCAACUUCGUCGACCUCCCUCCAACUCACCUCCCUCGCACAAGAUGAUGUGUAGACCGAAUGAUUAGCGAACAGUCCAUGCACACUGCUGCACUCUACUUCACGCCCUGCUGAUGUAUCUGCACAAGUUGCCGAAUGUGAAGUGAGCGGCAGGAAUUCAGGAGACUCCUGUCUCACUCCAAUCUCUUCCAGCUUGCAUUGUUGUAAAUCACUCACUAUCUCCUUAUUCUCUUUUUCUCUUUUCUCUAAAAUCUGGAUAAUUUCAUCUGCAUGCUGCGCUGCCAACGCCUGUAUCUGAUUCAUGUUUGUUACGUGCAUCUACAACGAACUCUCGAACAACAGUGAUGCUUCCAUUUUGAUCAUCAGUCAUAUUGCCGUAGGCCAUGUAUCUGGUCUCUCACAAUCUCCUUAUUCUCCUCCAAAUUUAUUCAUACACUUGAAUACUUUCAUCGGCACUCUGUCCUGCCAAUGCCUGUACACGAUCCAUGUUUGCUCCAUGUGUUUAAUAUGAGUUCUAGAGAAGCAGUCAGUCUUUUUUGUCUUGAGCCCCAUCCGUAUUUUCAGAGGCCGUGGGUUCGUUGCACUCCUAGAUCCCUUUUCCACCGUGGAUACUGCGUUUGUGGGUGAAUGUUUGGUCUAGCGGACUGUGUAUUCAAGCAAACGUUGUGGGGACAAUGGUCCGGGCUGGCUCUCAAAUAUGUGUUAGGUGUGGUAGUUUGGCUAAGAAGAGGAGGGGAGGGGGAGGAGGAGGAGGAGGAGGAAAUAAACCGAGAUGCAGUUAGAAGCUGGGGUAUUGAGUAACAGAAGACAGGGGAGGUUCGGGAUCCAGGGAUUGGGACCAUAGGGCUUCUCAACUGCCAUAUCUAGGACAGCAGUUUUGAAGCGUUCCAAGCUCACAACCCAAAUGCGAGCGUGGUGCUGGAUGUGGAACGUCUCUGUGACUCGAGAGACAAUCCAGGAAAGGUCGUCAUUGGAUUCUUCCAAAGGCAAUCGUUCUGCGUCACACUGAUACAAGAGGUGGGACUUUUCGCCAAGCCAAUAUUCCAGAUAACACUUGGAGGUAAUUGGUCUCGUCCUAGCCGGGGAGGUGGUUGAUUGGAUCCUCCCAUACACAGCGAGGGACUGGGAGAGCACCUCAGCACGGAGUCUGAAAAUGGCACGUAACACCAUGUAGGGGGCAGAAAAUUCAAGAUCCGAGUGCGUGUUCAACAGUACCGCUGGAUGGUGCUCGAUCCAGUUUUCUGGAUACCCUGUGGCGUGUAAGGGGGUAUUCGGGUGGCGAUGAAACUGCUCGACCAUUUCGUUCGGAGUUGGGUAAAAGAUUUCGGUAAAGCCUGAAAAGGAGGCGAGAUCGAAAGGGGUGCGGCUCAGAUCGUGCGUCGUAGUCAGGAGUUACGGUAAAGUGGCAGCGACGAUGGCACUGAGAAAUGUCUUGGUCACCGUUCUCGUCUCGACAUUCGUCAGUGGAAUGUCCUUCGGUCAAUGGAUGAAUCGGUCCACACAGUUGAGAAGGUAUUGACAGCUAUAAAAGAAAAGCGGAGGUCUGUAACAUCGUCGUGGACGUGGUUUGAUCAAGCACUCGGUUAGAAGAAAAUGACGACGGAGCUUUGCCGUGUCGACAGAUCUUGCUCCGAUGAGAGCCGAGGCAGGCCCUUGUCGAAAGUUUUGGUCCACUGUAUAAGACAGACCAGGUGAGGCUCUCGGACACCAAUUCGACCGUCGCUGAAUUCCAUGGGUGUGAUAGGUCACGCAGGAAGCAAAAGAUGCUUCGGUGUACGGAUGGGUAGCACGACGGACGCUGGGAGGUGGCGGGCAAGUCACAGCGGAUGUUACUGUCAGUUGUAGUCAGAUGGAGGUCGUACAGUUAGGGUGUGUAGACGCACAUGUCAAAGAUGGAACCGCUAGGCCAUUUCAGCGAUAUCAGUCGCCGAUAUGAUAUGCCUAUGACCAUCUGAUGGUCUGGACAGCUUGUCAGCCAUCUCAUUCUGCAAUUCAUAUACGUGACGGAUAUCGGAUGAGAACUGAUACAGUGAGUCAGUUGGGGAAUCUCCCUUGGGUUUCGUUUGUCUGGUUGCGACCGUAAAUCAAAGGAGAGGGGCCUGUAGCUAGCGAAGAUGGCGAAAGCCCUACACUUAAAAUAGUGAUUAACGGACAAGCAGACGAUCAGAAGCUCCUGUCCAGAUGUGCUCUGGUGCUACUGCCCAGGAGACGACACUCUGCAAAGGAAGGCUGGGGAUUGAGUUUGACCUGCGAGGUAUUGUUGAAGAACUGCGCCGACUGCAAUGGUCUGGACAGCGCGUCAGCCAUCUCAAUCUGCGAUUCGUUGAUGUGACGGGUAUCGGACGAGAACUGAGGCACUGAGUCAAUUGGGUAAUCUCUCAUGGGUUUCGUUUGUCUGAUUGCGACUAUAAAUAAAAGGAGAGGGGUCUGGCGAAAGCCCUUCCCCCAUGACCCAGGAACCACAAAAAGUGGGAAGGACGAUGGAAUUCAUAAACGACAGCAACAUUCGAAGGGAGGGAUGGAUACCCGUGGAGCCGACUAGGAAUCCGAAGUGCUCGCGGAAGAGAGCGUUGAAAGCCUACUUCAUCCCGUGAAGUUUUUGGCCAUCCGCCACUAUAACGCCGGUCACAUUGUCUGAUUCGAAGCUCGAGCCAGCACAGGGUUACUCAACUUCAUCACACAGACUCCUCCUGUAGAACGUCACCUGGUCCCCGAUGCAGUGACCCGCAACCAAUCAUCUGCCUUCAGUUAUUUGCAUGUAAUGCCGUGUUGAAUGUGAAGUAGUAUUUUCGUAGGGAACAUUUAUAGGAACCGUAGCCCGGUGAGUAAUCUGAAGCCUACAAUUAGAGUUAAAAGUCAUACUGAAAUCAGGCAAACAUGUACGAUUCUGGGGGGAAAAAUUAGGCGAACGACACAAGGAGAAGGCUUUUACUCCAUAGUGAAGGGCCGAAGCGAACUUAUGGCGAAGAGUGUGCUUUGGCAUUCAUCAGGGGUCCGCGCCAACCAGUAAGGGCCAGGCGAAUGGUGGGGCCGCUAGAGAUUGGGGGCUAUGAAAAAUCAAUAAACGGUCGAAUGGAUUCUCCAGUGCAGCAGUUGUCCGAUGCGGUGAUUGGAUUAAUCAGGAGUCUGAGUUACAAUGAGGCCUAUAGGUAUGGCCACCUGCAUAAAUACCUGACAAGUAAAAACACCAAAAUCGAUGAGAUCAGCUACUGUGCCGGAAACACACUGAUGGCUUCCACGUGAAGUAGCUCCUUAUAAUACCCGUCGCAUUUUCUGCUCCCAAGCCCAUCGUGCUCUGUUGACGAGCAUUCGUGCAGUACUUGCGCGACAAAAAUUCGUCAUUCAUGCGGGCCAUAUACAUGCUAGUUCCCGCGCAACACGAAUCCUUCCUAAAAGAGGGUUUUGGAAUUUCUCUAUGGGAGUAUGCACCCAAAAGACCGCAUUAAUAAAAUGAAGUCGAAAUAGCCUGACAUUCGCACGCUCUUACGCAUGCGAGAUAUAUGCCGUCCAAGCCCCGUUGUGUGAAAUCCUGGUGCUUGUGUUGGGGAGCCAGGUCGUGCACGUGGCGCGCGCGGCCAAGGUCACUAGAUAUAUCAGCCAACGCGCCAAAGCUCCAUACCUGUCAACUGACCGGUUCGAACAAUGGCUGGGACCUGGUAAUAGGAAGUGAAAGUGAGGUAGACAACUUAGAGUAAUUUCAUCGCCAAAAACAAUCUGACGCUUUUGAAACUGUGGCUUGGAAGGUUGUCAACUGAUGGACUUCGCAGUCAGCUCAGUGUCUGGGGUGAGGGAGUGGUGGUCUAGGAGUCAGGCUGCAACGGCUCCUUCUCAAUUUGGCCUUUAUGACACUCCCAAUCCGUGGCAUCCUAGCCGGGUGUGGCGGCACGCCUGGGGGCGACUUCGGCCGCGCCAGCCACAUGCGUCCUCUCUGACUUCCGGUUUACUUGACUAUGUAUUGACACCGAGCCCAGGCAUGGAAAAGAAAAAUAAGGAAGAUGCUACGCAAGCCUACGCUAACCGUAAACUGACUUACGCGCAAUUCACCUUGCCUGCUUUACAUUUAUGUGGAGCCCACAGUGGAUAUUGUUCUGAACUAUCGUGUGAUUUGGGUGUAGGGGUGUUCAGCUGUGUGUCCACGUGAUGGUCGUAGUAGGUCGCCCACUUGCUUGCAGGUGUAUGCUACGCCUAGAGUCCAUUAACUCGCACACAACUUCCACGUGUGGCUCACCGAAACUGGGCUAUGUCUAGCGUCCACACCCAGGUGACCGCCUCGACCGACGGGCGAAAUCAGAUGCAAGUGUCCGUGUGUGCCAUUCCAUACACGGAAAUUCUUUUCCCCUCCUACCACCACUGGUCACACAAAUCAUCGCAUCGCCAUCUCCCGGAUGAGCCUUCGUCAGCGACCCCGUAGGAAUUCCCGAGGUAAGUCGAAUACCGCUUGAUUGUGCUUGACUGCUCACACUUGCAUUUCCAACACUCAGCAAGCUAUUGACCGGCAGACCGGUCCCUUUCCACUCCCUCGAACCUUUCCUUAGUUUAUCACUCUCCAUACUCUCUACUCUGAUAUACAUUCUUUUUCUGCAGCCCUGCAGGAGUCCACAAAUCAAGUGACCACCAGGUAAGCGAAUUGCCGUCCUGAUGAAGACCGUUGUGUUGGAUUUGUCUGCCCACCGUCUACGUUUCAGUUAGUUCGAAGACAGAAGGGAAAUUCUGCUUCCCGUCUUCUAUCCUUCUUCCCUCCGCCCGUCUCCCCCCCCCCCUUCAGAAUGUCCUAUGGAGGGGGCGACAUGCAAUCACGUAAGCGGCCAAGGUCAAAUCGGAUCGUCCUCUCAUCAAACAGUUGUGGCCCAUAGUAAAGUCCGGCAGCCGUCUGGGAUGUCUAAGCAGCCUUAUUUAAGGACAGUACUGCUCACCCCCGCAAGGCGGGGUCCUUCGACACCUUCGUCGUCAUCGAACGGGAUCAGGUGCUGAUGUUCAAAGAACAACUUAACGCCGUCUUCCCGGACAUUCAAUUUACGAUGGAAGAGGAGGAAAAAAACCAGCUGGCCUUCCUGGAUGUCCUCGUCUGCCGCAAAGAUUGUGGUGGCCUAAAAACCAAAGUGUUCAGGAAAGCGACAAAUACGACGCAAAUACUGAACUUCAAUAGCAACCACCCGAUCAGUCACAAACGCAGUUGCGUAAGGGCGCUACACCGGCGCGUUGAGACGCACUUCAGUGAAAUGGAAGACAAGGUUGCUCAAUUACAAUAUCUUCGACGGGUAAUGAGAGCCAAUGGUUACCCGCGCAACUUUGUCAACCAGUGCAUACGAAAAGGACACCAGAGACCAAAUCCAACCGGCCCCAAAUUUUGGCGGGCUCUUCCGUACGCGAAGAACGUCUCGGAAGCCGUCAGUCGUUUUCUCACUCCACUUGGAGUUGGGGUUGCACACAGGCCGGAAGCAACCAUUAGGCGCCAAGUCACGAGGCCAAAAGACCCGCUGCCACGGCAGGAAAAGUCUGAAGUUGUUUACCGGAUCUGGUGUAGUUGCGGACAAAGCAAUUAUGUCGGAGAAACUGGGAGAUUACUCCGUACGCGAAUUGCCGAGCACGCAGCAGCAGUGAGGCGGGGAGACGCUAACUCUCAGGUGGCGGCACACUCGACGGGACCCGGCCAUAUUUUCAAAUCUCAAGAGGCCGAAAUCCUCGCAAGGGGUGACAACCGCGUGAGCCGCGAGCUGCUCGAGUCAUGGUUCUCAGGCCCGCAAUCCAUCAACAAGCACACUGACCUCCCGGUACCCUAUUCCGUACUGCGAUUUUCCCUGGGCAGGAGGAUCAGUCACGUGGGGAGGGCGCGGGCGAGCAAUCAACACGGUGACAGUGAGCCAGUUUGCCGAGCAAUCGUCACACCAGCAUGCAGCACGGAUAAUGAAAUCGCGGCAAUUACCGACUCGGAGUAGGACCGACAAGCCACCACCGCAUCAAUUACGAUCCCAGCGGUGAUUGCGAGAAAUGUUAAUUGCAGUGCGCAUGCGGUCGCACGGCAGCCACGUGCUAUAAAAACUGCACUCCUGGUGCCACCAUCACCUUUAUCUGCGAAUGUCUCUGAUGACAGAUUCCAGUGAGAAUCCGAAACGUCAGGCAAAUAAAUUUCUUGUUCCAGUGAUCGCAUCUUCAUCUUCUGAACAGAAAUCUAUUUCAUCCCCCCGUCCUCCCUUCCGCCACCCCACUCGACAGACUCGCACGGUAAGUCCGCUCACCCUGGCAGCCUGAAAUGUUCGUUCCCUUUUAGACAAUCCGAGGGACAACCGACCGGAACGGAGGACGGCGGUAGUGGCUCGGGAACUGGCGCGCUACAAGGUGGACAUCACUGCACUCAGCGAGACACGGUUCUCCGAACAAGGCCAACUGGAGGAUGUGGGUGUCGGCCACACCUUCUUCCGGAGCGGUCGUCCCAAAGCAGAGCGACGGGACGCGGGUGUCGUCUUUUCCAUCCGGAACGACAUUGUGGGACGACUGCCCUGUCUGCCGCAGGGCCUCAACGAUCGCCUGAUGAGCCUCCGCCUACAUCUUCAAAUAGACAAAUUUGCCACCAUCAUCGGUGUAUUCGCUCUGCCAACGACCAGCCCAGACGCCGCAAGGGACAAAUCCUACGAGGACCUGCAUGACGUCCUGGCGACUGUGUCGAAGGCGGAUAAGUUGAUUGUCCUUGGUGACUUCAAGGCCCGAGUCGGCACGAACCACGCUGUCUGGAGAGGAGGGUUAGGUUUCCAUGGUCCUAACGGCUCAAAUGACCAUGGCCUGCUCCCUUUUCGUCUCAUCCUGACGUGGGCGAAGGCCACCUGGAUGCAUCCUCGGUCGCAUCAGUGACACCUGCUGGACUAUACCGUCGUCAGAAGGCGAGGCCAACUGGACGUGCUGGUGACAAAAGCGAUCCCGGGUGCCGACGGGUGGAUCGACUGUCGCCUCGUCAUCUCAAAGAUGCGUAUUCGCCUACAGCCUCGCAGGAGACCUCAAGAUAUGCGACCACCAGUUAAACCGUAUGUCACUUUUCUGUCUUUACCUGCUCACCAUUAUCAUUUCAGCAGUGAACUAGCUCAAAGGCUUGACAAACUUCCAGUCGCCGCGGCCGUCGACGAGAACACCUACGUGGAGAAUUGA